CUCCGGACCUGACCUUCUCCUGUUGACCUUCCUCACUGCCAAACUCAUCUGUUCUGGAAGGCUUGUAAAGAGGAAGGACAUGGAGUUGCUCAUCUUCCGGGAUUUUCCCAAUCUCCCGGUUAUCCUCUCUGGACAUGAGCAGUCCCAAAGCCCAGACGUGAACGAAAUCUGCCACUAACGAGCCAUGUGCCGUCUGGGAGACCCUGUCAUCACACCACAGAGCGGCCAGCUGCCCCGAGCAGGUGGAACAGGACGUGUCUCCACAGUACAAAAGGGACACUCAGCAAUGACAUAAGCGCGUCGUUUGGAAGCGCUGGGGCGGGGAGGCGAGAAGAGAGAUGCUACUCGCUUUGGGGAUGGUUACGUAACAAUCUUCCACUGGCUCGGUCUCUUGCUCGGCGCGGAAUGCCAGGACGGUGUUUGUAAACAGAGCGGCCAUGUGCGGGCUCACGUGGAGGAGGCUUUGGAGUCACUGGCCUCACCGGUCUGUCUGCGUCACCCCCGAGAUUGAGCUGUCUGCUGGGCACAGCAGGGUUGGACAGCACCGAUCACAGUCUGCCGCCGUUCUCGUGGCGACCAACUGCUUGUGAGAGGCUUUGGAGACGGUUCCCGCAUUCAGGCUGCAGGUGCCUUCGCCGUCCUCCUCCUCUUCCUCCGCCCCCUGCUCCAGGCUGCCUCCAUUAACACUGGGAAAGCCCUUUCACCAGCUGGGCCUCAGAGGUUCCUAUUCCCACUCCCACACAUGCCCCGAACCCCACGAAAAGAGUGAGUGGCAGCAACCUGCUCGUGGUGGAACAGCUGUGCGCCCGCUCUGAUUGGAGCUCGUCCUUGGCUGUGACCUUGCUCUCCCUCUGCCCACGGCGCCGGAACCGUGCGACGCUCCGCGAUCAAUUUGAGCUGCCGAGGAAGAGAGCAUAUGGGGCAGCAGUCUAAGCAGGGACUCCCAGACUUCCUUCACCCCAGACAAUUCCUCCAGCUCCACCGGAAGGACCCUAAGGCAUUCCCAGACCAGCCGAGAGACAUGGUCCCUCUGGCGUGUCCUGAGUCUUCCCCGGGGCCUCCUCCCAGUGGGACGAGCCCGGAACACCUCCCGCGGGAGACGCCCAGUGAUGUCUCGGUCCACGGUGCCACGCUUUUAGCAUCUCUGGAGCUCUUCUCAUCAGGAACCCCCCCCCGCAUUGGAGGAGGUAAACCAGGAUGGUAUCAGAGGGUUUGUAACCAGCUUCACCUUGGACAAAGGCUACAGUGACCUCAGCUUCUUCUCGUAGACAGUGCCCAGCCUUCCACAGCCAUGUCUAACCUAAACAAUGCGUUGUGCAUUGAAAAUGGACAGAAUGCAGAGGUGUCUCUGCUACAAAAGGAUAAUCUUCAGGAUGGUGGAUUAAGCCAGCUUUUGGAUUAUAAUGCCGAAAUGGAAAGGUACAGGUCUUUUGCAAACUUUUAUAAAACAAAUGGAGCAUUUCCGCAGACUGCUAAGAUUGCUCGCAUCACAACGCCCAUUUUUCCCAGUGCGAGAAUUGGCAUGUCCCCUUGGAACUGUGAUAACGCCAUGCUCUGGGGGAGGAAAUCAGCGGCAAUAAACCCUAAUAGGACCAGCAUGCAUAGAAAUGACUCCCAGAGGCCGGGAAAGCCUGGCGUGCCGCCAGAGACGCUGCAAAUGGCAAAUAAUAAUUUCCUCUCUACCUUAUCCCCCGAACACUGCAGACCUUUAGCAGGAGAAUGCAUGAACAAGCUGAAAUGCGGCGCUGCUGAAGCAGAGAUAAUGAAUCUCCCAGAACGCGUUGGAACUUUUUCCGCUAUUCCGGCUUUAGGGGGCAUCUCAUUACCUCCCGGGGUCAUCGUCAUGACAGCCCUUCACUCCCCCGCAGCCUCAGCAGCCGUUACAGACAGUGCGUUUCAAAUUGCCAAUCUGGCAGACUGCCCACAGAAUAAUUCCUCAGCAUCCAGUGGAAACCCAGCGAAGAAGAAAAGGAAAAGGUGUGGGGUCUGUGCACCCUGCAGGCGGCUAAUCAACUGUGGUGUCUGCAGCAGUUGUCGGAACCGCAAAACGGGCCACCAGAUCUGCAAAUUUAGGAAAUGUGAGGAGCUGAAAAAGAAGCCAGGCUCAUCGCUGGAGAGGACGCCUGUCAGCAACGGUGAAGCUUUCCGGUGGUUCUUCUAGUGAAGGCACCCUGUACACACGGACACUGGACUCAGACUCUAAAGUCCACGAGCACUUGACC